AUGUGCUGGGGGCGAGGCGUCUGUUCACUUUCUAGCUGUAACAAUGAGAUCCUCUGGACUGAUGGCAGCAAAGUGACCUGGAGAAGAUCUGACAAAUACCAGCUAAAUGGAGACAUUGAACAGGGCGACGUGACCCUUACCAUCAUCGGGGCAACUAUGGACGAUACUGGAAAAUACUGCUGCCGAGUGGAGGUUCCAGGACUCUUCAAUGACCUAAAGGAGCAGACAGAUGUGAACAGAGAGCAUGUGGAACAUGAAGAUGUUCUGAAUGAUCCUAGGGUUGCUCUGGUUUAUGUCCCUAAAGAAUCUACACUGCUUCAUCCUAAAGUCACUCACAAGGAAAUUGAGGAAGCAUCACCUACAGAGGUGAAGAGAACAAGCACCCCAGAAGAAGCUGUAGAGGAGACCAAGUCAUUAACCAUUAUAGAGAUUGCAGAGAUAAAUUACAGCCUCAUUAUAAGAGUGACCAUUGUUUUUUCCCUCGCCUUCAUGCCUCUGCUCAUCUAUUCAUGCAUCAUGAAGGUGAACAAAGGAUAAGCCCUGAACGUCUGGCCCACAUUAUAUUGGCUGCCAUUUAAACACCUGUACAUUGGGCUUGUCUGCUAAAAACAGUCACUUAUCACAGCCGCUGGAGAAGACUAGCAACCACUAGAAGGCAGUUUAUUGGGGAACUCCAAAGCAGGUUUUAAAUAUUUUGAAAAAAGAACAAACAAGAAAAACACUAAAUUAAGAUCCCAGGGAGGAAUCGUUGGU